AUGAGUGAUAAAAUUGAUGAUACGCUUUGCUAUUCAGUGGGCUCAGCCUACCUAAGCGGGCUUCCCGUGGUGGUAGCUGUCUAUCAGAUGAAAUACAAAGGGUUUCUAUCCAAGUUUGAUUUCAUGGAAAGGGCCAUCAAGAAUGCGCAGAUGAAUCCGGAAGAUAUCGCCAUUUUAAUGGAUUCCGACACGGUUUUUACAGGUGUAGACAUUCAUCCAUUCCUCAAUCGUUUCAUCGCCCAGUCCGCCGCAACGCCGGAGGAGUUGGACGCGCUGGCUGUGCGACAGGACCGUGCGAUGGCACCGAUCGUAGUUAGUGCUGAGGCUGGCUGUUGGGCACCGAACAUACUUCAUGGUUGGCCUGAAUGGAUCGCCAGAUUUAACAGCAUCAAUGUAAAGGUGCAAAGGUAUACCGCUGCACACCCGGAGCAUAAGCUCGUCUCGUCUUUUAAUUUAUCAUCUCAACGGUAUAUCAACGCUGAUGUUGUGAUUGCGCGUGUGUUGGCGUACAAGGAGUUAGUGAAAAAGGCUGAUAAUUUAACCAAAACACAACCUACAAAGUAUAAACCCGAAAAAAGAUGGUCAUGUGAUCAGUCUGUUUUAACAGCACUGUACCUGAAUCUCUUAAUGUGGGAGGUCGAACAGGACUUUUUUUCGUUGUCAUUGCAUGAGAGGCAGACGGCGCGGUCCACUUACGGUGUGCGUGCAGGUUUCAUGGAUUUAGAUUAUGCCAAUGAGCUUUCAGCUCCUCGCACAAUAUUUCUAAUGCGCUUAACUGUGAUGCACGAUAAAGAUUGGGCGAAAUAUUGCCACUGUAUGAAAUUGCGCACACACACUCAGAAAAGAUAA